AUGAGUGAUGGACGCAAAAAAAUGAGUGGAUUUGAGUAUCGGAAGCGCGCUUUGAACAAAAGUAAAAAGGAGCAAGAGGUUUUGAGUAAAACUCCCAAGCUAGAUAGUUUUUUUAGGAAGAAAGAACGUGUUACACUAAAAUCAGAAUCUAUAAAUAUCGAUUAUACGAACUUCUAUCACGAAGGUGAUGAUGUAAGUUCUACUUCAUCUUCAACUGACAUCAAAACUGACAGGAUCACGACUUCUUUGCCACCAUCGAAUAUCAAUCAUGAAGGUGAACUUCAAGCUGCACUCUCAACAAGAACUAUAGAAGAGGUUGGAAGGCAUUGUGAUAAGCAAUGA